AACAACAAAAAAGAAGACUACGAAACCGUAUGACGUCACGCAACACCGUUUGGCGAAUGCAUCAAGACUGAACUCCACAUUUUUUUCCUUCAACAUACUUUAAUGGUUCUCCCAUCAAACUCCAAAAUGUCUUGUCUAGUCAAUUAUGGAAGUAGUGAUGAAAGCGACAGCAGUGAUGGAGAAGACUGUCCUCCAGUUGCAGCGAAGCCUAAGGAGAUGGAUCUCAAGACCCAAGAUACAAAGAAGUCAUCUUUGUUUGCAGCUCUACCAAAGCCGAAAGUCGUCCCCACACCAUCAUCUUCGAUUCAAAAGAAGUCAUCUUUGUUUGCAGCUCUACCGAAGCCAAAGGGCGUCGGCACACCUGCCAUGGAGGAAGUCAUGAAUACUAAACCCAGCAUUGGAUCGGAUGUGAGAGGGGCAGAGGGUUCUCGUAAAAAUAGUCUGUUUUCAAGUCUCCCACCACCGAAGAAGACUGCAAGUACAACCGAAAAAUCAGCUGAACCAACUUCUGGAGCUAGACAUAAACCUGCCCCAGUGGCAACAAGUUCAUCCACCAAUAACAGCACAGUCUCUAAGGGUCUGCUGAAUCUACCACCUCCAAAAAAGAAGCAACCCGUGAAAAUAAGCCUGCCUGCUCUGCCUGACCCCAAUUCUGAUGAUGAUGAACCAGAAACAAAAAGACCUAAAAGUACCAAGGGAGUUGGGCUGUUUGCAAUGCUGCCCAAACCCAGAAUAGCAAGUAGAAGGGAAGCACAACGUCCCCUCAUCCCCUACACGCUGACCAAGAAACCUGCUGCAGCUCCUGCCAAGCCUCCAGGAAAGCCUCCAGGGAAUCCUCUGGCUCCAGUGCAACCUGUAAAGCCGACCCAUCCUAGUGCAAGUACUGUCAUUAAGAGUAAACCUACAAGUGGUAAUCCCUUGGUGAUGGGUUACAAUAGCGAUGAAGACGACGAAGAGGAUGAUGGUGGUGGUGGAGUCAAUUUCUUCUCGAUGGGAGAAAGUGAUCAUGUAAAGGAAAGAACUACAGAAGAAUCUGCAACAGGUGUGCAAAGUAAACCCCUUGCAUUUAGCAAACCAAGGAUCGAUGCAUCUAUCACUGAAUCUGAUAUUGGAACAAGUAGGAUCACUUGUGCGGCAGAUCCGGGGGUCGUGGAACCGGUGAUACCCACUGAACAGGAUCAGCCACUUGUUUUUAACCCAUCACAGUCAAACAAUGUAGGAUUCUCUGUACCGAGGUACAACCCUCAUGCACUGUCCAAUCCUCAAUACAAUGUACAAUCUCAUCAAGGAUCAAACUAUGCACAACCUAAUGAUGGAAGCAUGCCAUAUGGAUCAUAUAACCAAACAGGAUUGGAUAGUCAAGAGGCUAUGCAGUACUACAAUCAACCCUAUCAAGAGGGUGGUGAUACAGGGUAUGGAGAGAGCGGAACCAGCGCUCAGGGCUCAAGUCAGUCAGUCCUCCAAGAUGAAGGGUUUGCCAAAAUGGUCGGUAAGAAUAAUCGCGGGAGAGAAGAAAUCCAAUUCAUCGACAUCAAUGCUGAUGAUCAGAUAGGACCUACAGCUAGUCUACAGAAUAUGGUUAAAUCUAUGACAGAAGAGAAAGAGUCCAGAGUAAAAUUGAAAAAGGAGCAACUGCCUACCUCCCAACAGAAGAGGAAACAUCAGAUCACAUACCUAGCUCGCCAGGCCAAGGAGAGAGAACUGGAGCUAAAGAAUCAGUGGGCUGACAAUCGCGCGACCAGAAAGAGUCAAAAUGCCAAGUAUGGAUUCUUCUAAAGGUCCAUGGACAAGAGAUCAUCAUGAGUUUGUUCUUGGACUCUUCAUUCCAGUGUUGUGCUAACUGCAUCUUAAAGGGGGUGUAGCAUGGCAAAUACUUGUUAACGCCAUCUACGACUUCUUUUGGACAACUGCACGUAAACAAAUGAACUUGAUUAACGGUCAGCACGCGCUUGCGUUGCGAAACAGACCAAAGUUCUCCUCAUGCUUCAGUUUCGCGUAUGUUGCACGCACGUGAAUACUGCGGUCGUGUCGUCCGUAGUCGCAUUAUACCUGAUUGGCCCUAAGUCAGGCCACGGGAAAGACACAUAGUCUCGCCAUGCUACACCCCCUUUAAAUGAGGAGUUCAACUGAAUGCAAUGGUUGAUUUGACAUGAGGUAUACUCGCAUGUUGAUGAUGUGAUGUUGUCCAAGAGGUAUUUUUAUAUAAAUUCAAGUAGAAUUAUCUUCACUGAACACAGACAUCACAUGUGAUAAACUGAGUGAAGCUGACAGAAGACAGUUGAAAACAGCCUAGUUGGCAUUUCAUAGAUUAAAAUUGAAUGUAGGAUGACAAUGUUAUUGGUACUGCUUCAAAGGUUUCAUGGGAUCUGAAGAGAAGAGAAGAGGUUGAGUUAGAGACUAUUAUAGGAUCUGGAUAAAGGAGAAAUUUAAUCAGAUAUGAUGUAGACUGAUUGAAUUGGGAGGACCUCCAAAUUAGAGACAUCUAGGAGAUGGAGUUUUAAUGACAGCCAAGAUAUAGAGAUAUAGAAUAUGGAAGAACAUUCAACAUCAUGAACAGACAUAUUAAAAUAGAUCUACAUGUCUUAGUAAUUCUUGCCUUAUAAAACUUAACUUGGAAGAUUUCAGCCAUUUCUGUCAUAAGUUGAUUUUUUUUAAUUGUCACCUUUAAAAUAUUUUUAUUAUUGACUUAUUCAACAAGCAGUGAGAAUAGAAUCAUGAUUGUUUUUUCCUUUACCACAUCGUUGACUUUGAUUUCUUGUUGGAUCAAAGUAUCCUGAGGCAUAACCAUUGAUUUUGAAUAAAAUACUUCAUAAAACAAAUAGAUUACGUGCUUAUAAACAAUUAAUAACAUAUACAGUGCGUAUAAAAAAAGUAGGACUACUUACUUUGAAAAUAUCCUCCAAAAUUAUAAUUUCAUAAAUAAUUCUCUUGAAAAUUGUAUCUAUAUCUUCUGUACUGCAUUACAUUUUGUUAAAAUACUGAAGUCAACAAUAGAAAUUCAGUGCAGGAAAGACAAUAACGUGUAAUGUGCUUAUGUGUUUGUGAGUGUGGAGGGGAAAAGGGAGCAUGGCUGCAGAUGUAAGUUCAGAGAUCAACUGAUGGGUCAAAUCAAUUAUUUAUAGUUAAAAGAACAACUGCAAUCGAUGGCUGAUAAUUAUGCACUUCUGUCUAAUUCAAGAUGGCAGGAUUUCCACGCAAACCAAGCCAGUUCUCACUCAAGUGUAAAUACUGUCAAUAUGUGUAGUGCUAUUGAAUUAAGUGGACCCUCACCCAUAAUAAUGUCAUACUUUUGAGAAAAAUUAUGCAGAUAUCACAAAAUUAAAAUUUGGAGGAUAUUUUCAAAGGUUGUACUUUUUUGAGAUGCACUCUGUACACUAAUAUCCUUUAACCUGUCAUUUUAAUAAAAGAGAUCCAGAAAAGAGUCUGUAAUACCUUAAUAGUGGAUAUGUGAUUGUAUUCAACUCUAUACUGUAACCCAUGUCCUAAAGUCAUUCUGUGUAUUUGAAUACAAAUCUUGAAUAGGAUAAAUUUUGUUGUUGACCUCAUGUUUUCAUUUAAAAUGUAUAAGGCUUCUAGCAAUGGAAAUGACAGAAAAAAGGCUGAGAGUGAUUUGUCUCCAAAACUCAAUACAUUGAAAAAUCAAUAAUCAUGUAUGGAUUAGUGAAUUAAGAAGCAAAAAUAUGAAAAUACUCUACAUCUCUAAAGUAUUGAGGUGUAACACAAAAAUCACUUAGCCAAUCCAAUGUGGCUCAAAAGCAGUUCUUGAAAAUGCAAACUUUAUUUUGAAUUUCUCUUUGCAUUAUAUAGGAUUGAGCUUUACAACACUGAAAUAGUACUUACAAAUGUUCUUUUCAUUAUUUACUUUUCUACAUUUCUCACAUUCUAAUACUUAGCAGGGUCUAUAAGUUAUGAAAGAUUAAUAUUGAAUUUGUUUGCCAUAUGAUACAAAUGUAUAUAGGAUGGAUCUAGUUAUGUACAGAUUUGGUAAAGUAUUUUGAAAUCCGUGGAAAUUAGAUACGUGUAUUCAUAAAUAAUUGUUUGAAUAAAAGUCCUGGAUUUGGAAGGGUUUCAUAAUCUAUAAUAUUUUAUACUAAUCUCGUGAUUGUUUUGAUUUUUAUGGAAGCUCUUUAAGAUCUGCAACAUAACAAGCAUGUAUUUAGGUGUAUAACAAAUAGCAAUUGAGAAAAUCAGAUAAUGAAUGAUGUCAAAAGAUACAGGAUACAGGAAUAAAAAUCCCCCAGAAUGGUGGUGAGAGGAGAUUAA